AGCCAUUAAUCACUGGAUCAGGAAACAAAAUGAGUGUCUCCGUGAAAGCCGUACGGCAAUGCACGCUUUCAUCUGCAACUACCUCCAGAACAACACCAACACCAACCCCAACAAAACACAUAACAUUCCGUUGCUGCACCCUCACCCAACCCUUAAAAAGGUCGAUAGAGAACCAACCCAUGAAGAAUUUGGAGCGCUUGCUUGACCCAAUUGACUACAACUCAAACACUUUCCGUUUCACACCUAGACCUGUUAGACUUGGUAAGAGAUGGAAGGAGUACCAAGGCAUCCAAAACUGGGAUGGUCUCCUUGACCCAUUAGAUGAUAAUUUGCGCGACGAAAUUCUUCGAUAUGGUGAGUUCGUAGAAGCUGCUUAUAAGUCAUUCGAUUUUGAGCCCUCAUCACCUACAUAUGCAACAUGCCGCUUCCCAAAAAACACAUUAUUUGACCGCUCUGGUCUACCCCAAACCGGGUAUCGCCUAACCAAACAUUUACGUGCAACAUCAGGCAUCAAUCUGCCACGUUGGAUGGACAAGGCACCUACUUGGGUGUCAACUCAGUCCAGCUGGAUUGGUUAUGUGGCAGUCUGCCAGGACAAAGAAGAGAUUGCACGGCUAGGAAGACGGGACGUUGUGAUUGCUUUUCGAGGUACUGCCACGUGCCUCGAAUGGCUAGAGAAUCUACGCGCUACACUUACUCACCUCCCUGGUGAUGAUGGUUUCGGUGCCAUGGUAGAAAGUGGGUUCCUCAGCUUGUACACUUCUGGUACCACCAUGUUACCAAGUUUACAAGACAUGGUUCGUGAGGAGAUUAAUCGGUUGCUCCAAAUCUAUGGCGAUGAGCCUCUUAGUUUAACCAUCACAGGCCACAGCCUUGGCGCUGCUCUGGCUACACUAGCUGCUUACGAUAUAAAAACCAACUUUAAACGUGCGCCAAUGGUGACCGUCAUCUCCUUUGGCGGUCCACGUGUAGGUAACAGGAGCUUCCGUCAACACCUAGAAAAACAAGGAACAAAAGUGUUACGUAUUGUGAAUUCAGAUGAUCUAAUAACCAAAGUACCUGGUUUUGUAAUAGACGUGGAUGAUGACGUGUCAAACAAAGGGAAUGUCCAAAUGGCCGGCUUACCUGGCUGGAUACAAAAAAGGGUUGAAGAUACACAAUGGGCUUAUGCGGAGAUUGGCAGAGAGCUGAGACUGAGUUCCAGGGACUCCCCCUACCUUAACAGUAUAAAUGUCGCCACGUGUCACGAGCUGAAGACGUACCUUCACUUGGUUAAUGGAUUUGUGAGCUCCACUUGUCCAUUUAGGGCUAGUGCUAGAAACGUCCUCAGCAAUCAUUCAAGAGAAAAAGUUCAGAUUUAG